UUUGCUUUUUGGACCUUGUCGUGGGGCGUCGGACCUGGGAAUAAUUCGAUGUGGCAACUCUGUUAAAUUUGCAGCCGAUUCUUUUCAGUUGGCAUUCAAUUUCCAAAGUGUUGUUUUUGUUCAAACGGGGAAACGGGAGAAGUCGACUAAUAUCUCAAUUAUUAGACUAUUUGGUGUUAGGUUUGAGGGUUUGAGGCCUUGAAUGAAACAAGCAUUUCACGACAUUUCUGUUUACAUUUUAUAAAUUUUAAAAUCUAUUUAUUUUGAUAUCAACCUAAAUUUUGGGUCAACCGGUCAACCUAAAAAAUACUUUUUGACUGUAGUUUGUGUGUUAUAUUUUAGUCGUAAUUAUCAAAAAGUUUGAAUUCUAUUAUUUUGAAUGACUUCCUUACGGUCUGUCCUUCAAAGUAAAAGCUAAACAAAAUGUCGAUGAAUUUAAGCUGGGGAGCCUCCCUUGGGUCACAGUUGUUGGCAGAAAUCAGUUUAUUAGAAGCGAAUGCUCAAGUUAAUAAUGAAAAUCAAGAAACUUCUGCUAAUUUACAAACUGAUAGGACCUCGAUAGUUGCAAGCUCAAGCCAUUCAUCAACUGUUCACGAAAAAAGUUCUUUGAUAAAUGCAUCUGUUUCUUUAGAUUUGAAUUCUCACAGUCAACGCUCAAGGCUUUCAACUAACACCAAUGCAAGUUGUUCUGCAUCUAUUGCUGGGCUCUUAGGUUCAAAACCAUCUGAAAUCAAGUCAGGAACUUCAUCAGUUUUGGAUAAAAAAACAAACUCUCUUUCAGCAUCGGUGCACUCAUCACCCCUCUCAUGUUCAACACCUGUGGCUAAUUCAGCAGCAAGUCUUCGUAAAGCCAGUUUGCGUUCCAGUUCUAUCUUAAAGCUCCACUUGCAAAAUUGGGGUUUACCUUCUGCUGUUGUACAGAAAUAUGCUGAAAAGAAAAUUACCACUUUAUUUCCCUGGCAAGUUGAUUGUCUUCAGACAGGAAAAGUAUUGGUUGGAAGCAACUUGAUUUACAGUGCACCUACGUCAUCUGGCAAAACCCUGGUUUCUGAAUUGCUGAUGUUGAAAACAGUGGUUGAUUUAAAAAAGAAGGCAUUAUACAUUUUACCUUUCGUAGCUGUUGCAAGAGAAAAAACCCGUUUUUUGAAAAGCGUCACGGAAGACGUUGGUAUUCGAGUGGAGAGCUUUGCUGGAUCCAGUAAUCCACCUGGGGGACUCAAAAACUGUGAUAUAGCUAUUUGCACCAUCGAAAAGGCAAAUAGUCUCGUUAAUAGACUAAUUGAAGAUGGUUCCCUUGACCAGUUGGGUAUUGUUGUGGUAGACGAGCUUCACAUCAUUGGAGACUCUCAUCGUGGAUAUCUCCUAGAGUUACUGCUAACCAAAAUAUUGUAUGCCGCAACUCGUAGUGGAAGUCGCUCUCCCAUUCAAAUAGUUGGAAUGUCAGCCACCCUGCCAAGUCUUGAAAUUCUUGCCAAAUGGUUGCGUGCAGAUCUUUAUCAAACAAACUUCAGACCCAUCGCAUUAAAAGAACACAUCAAAAUCGGUACAGACAUUUGCCACCCGGACUUUCGAUUAAUCAGAAAGAUUGAUCCGGCUCGUCUCGUCCCCAACGACAUCGAACAUUUGAUCUACUUGUGUCUUGAAACGAUGCUUGAUGGUCAUUCUGUUUUGAUCUUUUGCCCGACUAAAAAUUGGUGCGAGAAAAUGGCCCAGAACAUCAGCGGAGAAUUCUUCAAUCUCGGAUCCAAUGCAACAUCUGAUUACGGCGCCAUCCUCCGCAAACAACUGAAAGGAGAUUUAUUAGCACAAGUACUUGAACGCUUGAAGGCAACACCUGCCGGACUAGAUCCGGUACUGGGUCAAACGAUUCGCUUUGGUGUGGCUUUCCAUCACGCCGGUUUAACUACGGAAGAAAGAGAAAAUAUCGAAGGAGCCUUCCGGCAUGGCGUUAUUCGAGUAUUGAUUGCUACAUCCACCCUUUCUUCUGGUGUCAACUUGCCUGCCCGUCGAGUCAUCAUUCGUACCCCUAUAUUUCACGGAACGGUGAUGGAUUCACUAGUUUACCGACAGAUGAUUGGACGAGCUGGUCGCUUCGGUGUAGACACAGACGGUGAUAGUUACCUCAUCUGUCAACCUUCUGAAAAACAUCAAGUUCAACGAAUGUUCAACGCUGUACCUCCACCGUUAAAGAGUUGCCUACUCUUAGAUUCAACACCUUCUACUGACUUAUCCACGACUGUUACCUCCAGUAUGAAACGGGCCAUGUUAGAAGUUAUCGCUACAGGAUCAGCCUCAACAGAAGAGGAUUUGAAAUUGUAUGCUUCGUGCACACUGCUCGCAUUGUUAAAUGACGUGCCAGAUGAAGCGAUUCAAGCUUGUGUCGCUUGGUUAGUGAGCAACGAAUUUAUUCGCCGACAAAUAGUCGAUGAGGGCAAAGAACGCCUGACUCCUACUCAACUGGGGCUCGCCUGUUUAGCGUCGUCACUGUCACCGGACGAGAGCUUGGUUCUCCUUAACGAACUAAAAACGGCCAGGAGAGGACUAAUCCUAGAUAGUGAUCUUCAUCUCGUCUAUCAGAUUACUCCGACAUAUGUGUCAGACCAGAUGACGCAAAUUGACUGGCUUCAUUAUCUGACACUAUGGGAAGAAUUAAAUGAAAGCCAAAAACGCGUUGGAGAAGCGGUAGGAGUUGAAGAACGGUUUCUGAUUCGAGCUAUGAAAGGCACCGUCACUACAACGGCUCCUCGACAGUCAAGGCAAAUGGCCAUCCACCGACGAUUCUAUACGGCCCUUGCACUCCAUGAAUUAAUGAAUGAAGUCCGUCUAGCCAACGUGGCUCGAACCUACAAAAUGAACAAAGGAACUCUUCAAUCUUUGCAGCAACAAACGGCUACUUUUGCUGGUAUGGUGACCAUUUUUUGCCACCGACUCGGCUGGAACACGCUUUACGUUUUGUUAGAACACUUCCAGUCUCGCUUGCUGUUUGGUGUCCAACUUGAACUUUGCGAUUUGAUGCGGUUGCCAUCAAUGCUGUCUCAUACCGCAAGAUUACUUUAUGAUGCUGGCCUAACGAAUGUAUCUGCAGUGGCUACAGCAUCCCCCGAAAACAUCGAAGUCCUCUUGAAGAAUGCCUGCCCUUUUAAAAGCGCCAAGGAAACGGAAGAAGCUAAGAAACUGGGUGAAACCGACGUCGACGCUCGCGCGCUGGUAUCUGAAGCUCGGAAGAUUUUACAGCUGGAACUAGGAGUCAAAAUUCAAUGGAACGACAAAGUGAACAAUGAACCAGCUUUGCCUAAGCUGUCUCAAGACAAAUUAAGGACAUCACUUGUGCCUCUUGAUAUUCCGAAUUCAAUAGAAAAGAAUUUGUCGGCCAACUUAUCGGAUGUCGGAUGUCGGAAUUCCCCAAAAGCGUCGACGCCGAUCCUUAAGGAAUCACCUAUCCUUCGAAAUACCCUUACUCCUCCAGCCAAAAUUAAGUCCGCCAUGAAGGAGAAUUUGAAGCCGGCAAAUAUUACCCCUGACAUGUUUGCCGAGUCAUCAAUAGAUUCUUCGCAAUCGUUUGCAGAGUCUCUACAUCGAUCACCAAAAAAUCAAGGAGUAAUUCAGAUACCGCCCCGCACUCCGUUAACUAAAGCCGCCGGAAUUCUAGAGAGUCUUAGGCUAUCGGACGAUGAAUUGUUCGAUACGAUACGUACUCCACCCUUUUCUGCUUGCGCAGAGAAACUAGCACCUGUAACGGAAAAGCCAUUUCCGAAAUGCUCCAAACGACGCGUGUCUGUUGAAGACGUAUCUUUCCUAGAAGCCACUCCACCAAAUCAGCACUCUAUCGGCAAACUAGUAACCAAAAAAUGCAAAUUCUCUACACCAGCAGCUUCCCUUCUUCAACCUAAGAUAGAGGUUCAAUCCCCGCUCGCCUUAUCGUUCUCUUCUGAUGAUAGUUCCAUCAUUCCUUCAAGCAUGCCAAUGUCAAAAUUUAAGAUUGAUGAAAUCACAACAAGUUCCCGUUUAGAGUUGUUCAUCAAAGAAUCCAUGAGGCAAAAUUGCUUGGCCAUCAACGUCUACAAAGAGAAGAAUUCCAUCUUGGGGGUAGCUGUUGCCUGGUCUUGUCAGUGUGUCAACUACAUCCAGCUCAGAGAGCGUUUCGAUUCCAAUCUGGAUUUAGCCAAGGUUUCUAAGUUGAAAUCUUGGAUAGAGGCUCUCAUUCGACUGAAGGUCGAGUUUAUUGUUUAUGACAUACGAUCAACCGCCAAUGAUCUUCGCCCAUUGUUCCAUCAUUUACUCAACGAGAUGCUGUUUCGUGAUGUCGAUCUCUGCCAAUGGCUUUUGGAGCCGUCCAACUCUUCCGUCAGCCUACAGAAGCUUAGUAAGAUGUACAGUCAACAAGGAUCACCUACUAAAAUGUAUAGAGGACGAGAAAAAAUCCUACACGAGUGUUGCGCUCUACUAGACAUCUUCCAUCAGCUAAAGCAACGCCUGAGUAAGGAGGAAUUAUUGCAACCUUUCGUUGACGUGGAGAUGCCAAUGGUGGCCACAAUGCUACGGAUGGAACAAAUUGGAAUCGCCUUCGAUCGUUCCAAUUGCGAAUUGAUUUUGCAGAUAUUGCGGAAUCAUUUGAAAAUGCUGGAGGAAGCCGCUCAUCGAUUAGCAGGGCGGUCGUUUUCGUUGAACAGCCCAAAAGAAGUAUCCAAAAUAGUCGCAUCUUUGAACCUCUGCAUCGAGGAAAAAAAUCCACAGUCUUUCAUCAAUCCGUUAAAAAAGAAGUUCCAGCCACUUUCCGUCAGUAAAGCAUCGCUGAUCAAAUUAGGUCGAGUUCAUCCAUUGCCGAGAGUGGUGGUAGAAUUUCGUAAAGUCAGCGCUAUUAUUCAAACCAUCAUCUGCCCCUUGCUACAAGCAUCCACAUUCCAUGUGAGUGGAGUGGAACGUAUAGCUGGAGAAUGCGAAUUCCGAAAUGCUACGGGUCGAGUUAAUAUUGUUCAACCGAAUUUACAACACAUUCCGAGGCCGUUUUCACUUUCUGAUGGCCGGAUGAUUAAUGUUAGAAGUGCCUUUCAUGCAGCUACAGGAACUACCUUGCUUUCUGCGGAUUACUCCCAGCUGGAACUACGAAUAUUAGCGCAUUUGAGUGAAGAUACCGGACUUUGUUCUAUUUUAAGUAAACCUAACGGAGAUGUUUUUCGCGGUAUCGUAUCAGUUUGGAAAAAGAAGAAACAGGAGGAUGUCACAGAUGAAGAAAGGCAACAGGCUAAACAAAUAUGCUACGGAAUUGUUUACGGAAUGGGUUGCAAAAGUUUAGCUGAACAAUUGGAAGUCAGCGAAGAAGAGGCUCAGCUCUUUGUUGAUUCUUUUCAUUCUACUUAUCCCAACAUUCAAAAGUUCAUAACGAACACAAUUAACAUGUGUCGGUCCAAAGGAUUUGUGAUAACGCUCCUCGGUCGAAGGCGGUUCUUACCAUCCAUCAACAGCAACAAUGCGGCUCAAAGAGCUCAAGCUGAACGACAAGCAGUAAACACGAAAAUUCAAGGUUCUGCAGCUGAUCUUGUGAAAACAGCUGUCAUUCUGCUAAAUCGUUCCUUAAAGGAAAAGCUAGCCGAUGUUAAUUUGGUCCACCAAAUACAUGACGAAUUGCUUUUCGAGAUACCAACUAACUGCGUAGAACGAGCCGCUCGCGUUGUUCGGCACUGUAUGGAGACAGCUAUUCCAAUGAAAAUUCGCAUACCAGUAGCAAUAAAAACUGGCAAAGCAUGGGGAACAAUGGAACCCUACACAUAGGCUACUAAUCAACUGUGAUUUCUUAUCUAAAUUUAUUGGCUUUGUCCCCCUUUUCUUUGUCUGAAAAUGACCCAAUCUUUCCUUUUGAAUACCCAGCUUUAAGUGCAUCCAUCGUAACCAAGGCCCACUUUAGCGAAAUUGGACAAGUAUUGCAUGCCUUAACUUGAUUUUCAUAUAUUUUUGAAUUAUUAAAAUUUUAUGGUGUUGGUGCUAUGCUUCAUACGAUCCUUAACUUUUUCUAUCCCUUACCCCUAGGACCGAGAACGACAUUAUAAUGAUUUGUAAUAAGAAACGCACUUUUAACAUAAUUUAAUUUCAGACAAACUAUUGAAAGAUCACAGGCGACAGAACAGUAAUACUGAGUUGACAGCAGCGAUUCAAUCGAAGUAGUCAUCAAUAUCAAUAUCCGGAUUUAAGAGAUUUUCUCCGUAUCGAGAUAUAUCCAGCUGGUUCAAAAUUAAGUUUUCGAAAGUUUCUUCCAUUUCCGUAUCUCCUAUGAGAACCGCUCCAUGAAGUUUACCAUCCUUUACAACUAAUUUCAGAUAUUCAACUCCUAGUAAAAACAAAGGAAUUUUUAUUUACAAAAUGGUUUUUAGUUGAUUUGUAAUGUAUACCUUUGGUCACGCGCACGAGUGCUUCAUAUUUCCCUCCCAAUUUCUGUCCAUUAAAAAGUCCAAGUAAGACGACACGGAAGCCGAAAAAACGCGUAACGUGAGUGAACAAUUCGAAGCUGAAGUCAAGCAAAGGAGGUUCUUCCUUCAAAAGAGAGGCGGUCAUACACAGCCCUGCGUAUGCUCCCAUUGGGCGCGCUUGAGACCACAAACGCAUCUGUAAGAAACCUUCCUGUUUAAUAUUUCUUCGUCCGUCAUAACGCGUGUGAACUCACCUGAAACCAGUGAAAAGCUACGUCCCAGUUAACUGUGCAAACAUCACCUGCAGCAUAGAUGUCUUGAAUAGAUGAUUCCAUUGAUUGGUUCACCAAUAUUCCUCCAUCUUUUCCAACUGCGAAAGGCUUACCUUCCUAAGAAUAAAAACAUUAACCAAACUUGUUGCAAUGGGAAUAAUCUUAAGUUACAAUUUACCUCGAUAUCCGGUAUGGAAGGAGAAACUCCAGUAGCACUUACUAUAAAGUCACAGCCAAAAACUUUUCCGUUAUUGAGGGUUACGUAAGCAGGCCACUCUUCAGUUCCCUGGAAAGUUGCUGGCUUUGUUACACUGACGUCUUUAAUAAAUGUUUGAUAUUCAAUGGUCACGUUUUUCUUUUCCAGGGCCCCGGUGAGUUCCAGACUUGCAUGCCAGUUUGGACCCAAAGCGCAACCUGGAAUACCUUUCUCAACGUCCGAGGAGACGUGGGCAGUAGUAUAUCGCAGCAUUUUAGCAUGUUGGUUUGGAGUUGGAUUUUUAUCCGUGUCGUCAGCACAGUGCAUGAGGAAUUCGGCAGCUCCACUAUCGACAAAAGCGGAUGCAAUGUACUUAUCACGGAUCACCCAGAUAACGUCAAUGUUUUUUAGUUCGUAAAUUAAUUCAGUUGCGAUUCCUCCGUUGCCGAGUACGCACACUCUUUUUGAUUUAGAUAGUUUAAGUUUCAAAUCAGCUGCUGAAUCGGUGUCUCUCAAUCCAAUGAUAAAGGGGCUGUCAAAAUCCACUACUUUAGGAACAGAGCCAGAGCAGAUGCAGAUUUUUCUGUAUCCAAAUGUUUCUCCAAGGGAACUUUUGAUUAUGUGCCUAGUAGUAUUUAUGUAAAUUUCACUGUUUAUCAAAAUAACUUCUUAAAAUAUUUACGAUUCUGGAUAUAUUUUAUCCAAUUUUGUUAUCACAACAGUGACAUUAGGAUAUCUCUUGUGAAAGUCAUUGACAGCCUCCUCCUGGAUUUGCAAUUCUUCAAUGUGGGUUGUUAAUUUUAAUCUUGUGGUUGCGACUCUCACGAAAGCGCUGGCGGAUAAGAGUAAUACACUAGACUGGGGCAAUCGAAGGCAUAUCUAAAAAACAAAGUUGGAGAUUCUAAUGAGCAGUAAAAUCUUUCAUAUUUCUUUUUGCACAUCAACCUGUUCGAUAGUCGAAAUUCCUGCUAUACCUCCACCCACCACCACGAAAUCAAAAACUUUUAUUUCAUCCAUAGUACAAUGAAUUAACUGUAUUUUUUGGCAACACUUUUAAUUUGAAACAACGUAAGUGAGGACGCAAAUGUAGCGGUUUGAAACGUUUGAAACGACAGCACUAGCAGACGAACAUUUUCAGUUUGUUUAUUGUUUUGGUAUAAAAAGUUGCUGUUUAGUCCAUCUCUUUCGCACUGUCUACGAACAGCUUCGAGUUUCGAGCUGUCUCGUUUGUCGUUUCUGUCAAUUGAUAUUCUGGUACUUUUCUUUUAUUGAACUUUGACAGAUAAUCAGUUUGAAUUCAACAUGGGCAGAGGAAGAGAAAAGAGCGUCUCGCCAUCGUCUCGAAGAAGACAACGCUCGAGGUCAAGAGAAAAAGUUCGCGAUAGAUCUCGUUCACGAGAUCGCAGUCGACGUGAUCGAGAUAGAGAACGUGGUAAGGUGGACAAGGAACGUGAAAGAGACAAAGAAAGGUCUAGGGAUAGAGACAGAGACCGUGAAAAGCCAAGCAAAUCAAGCCGUGAGCAUGAAAGAGACAGAGACCGAAGGAGAAGAUCUGCAAGCAAGGAAAGAAGAACCAAAAAAUCAAAGACAAGAAGCAGAUCAAGAUCCAGAGAGAAGCCUGCCAAAUUAGUCACCAGAAAACCAGUAACGUCAGAAGAAUUCAUUGAUCCAACUGAAGAAGAAGCUGAAAUGAUGAAGUUGAUGGGCUUUGGUACUUUUGAUACAACUAAAGGAAAACAUGUCCAAGGAAAUGAAGAGCCAAUGCACGGAACAGUUCAAGUUGUCCUCAAGCGAAAAUACCGACAGUAUAUGAAUAGGAAAGGAGGUUUUAAUCGACCAUUGGAUCCGAUCGCUUAAUUUGAAAAUGAAAUACACUUCUUUGUAAUAAU